GAGAUAGUCAAACUGCUGAAGUGAGUUUGGUGGUUCAGACAUUGCCUGAAGAGCUAUGAAGAGCUGGCUGCUCCUGGUUGUUGUUUUUCUUCUCUGGCCAGGUUGCUCUUCACAAAAUGUAUGUGAAGAACCAGAUGACAUUGAUUUUGGGGAAAUUGUAACCACUGAGAAAGCCAAGUAUCUGGAAAAUGACCGAGUGCAAUACAGGUGCUACCCUGGCUAUGUCUUGGAAGGACCUGAAUGGAUUCAGUGUAAGGGACAACAAUGGACACCUCAUCCACCAAAAUGCUUGGCACCAUGCAUAAUCACAAGACAACAGCUAGCAACAAAAAACUUGUUUGUGUUUGGAGGCCAAAGAAAAACUUGGAUUAUUCAAAAUAAUCAUAGUGUGCAAUUUCAGUGCAAUGAAAGACAUGUGCUUGUGGUUCCAUCAGUCAGAAAGUGUGUUGACGGUUACAUGGAUUUGCCAUUAUGUCUCUCUGAAAGAGGGGGAAACUGCAGUGGUCCACCAAGGAUUGAGAAUGGAGACAUUACUACUUUAUCUGAGAAGCGGUACAGAUCUGGCUCUUCAGUAGAAUUCAAAUGCCAAAAGUAUUAUGCCAUGGAAGGCCAGAAAAGAUCUUUCUGUGACAAUGGGACCUGGACAAAAGUGCCCAUUUGCCUCGAUCCCUGUAUGAUUCCCACGGCUGAACUGGAAAGGCAGAAGAUAGAAGUUAAAGAUGGAAUGGACGCCUCUGAAAAUAUAUUUGUGCAACGUGGUCAUUCUAUAGAGUUGAUCUGUAGAACAGGAUAUGUCCUUGCAGCAGAUUCUUCCCAAUCAGCUUCUAUAAUCCAUUGUGAUGGGACACCACCUGUAAUUCCUAAAUGCAAAGAAAUUACAUGCAACUCUCCAAGAAUAUUGAAUGGUUCUUUUCGAUCUCAAAGAACAAUAUAUCACGAUGGGGAUCUAAUUCGAAUUCAGUGUGAUAGUGGAUUUACUCUUGAACCAGAUAAUGGGGAAAAAGUGGUUGAAUGCACAAGAAAUGGAUGGUCACCUUCACCAAAAUGUGUUGAAAUUCAGUGUUCCCCUCCAGAAGUGAGGAAAGGCCGUAUUGAACCUAGACGAUCUCAAUAUAUGUACAAUGAUGAAAUUGAGAUAAUCUGUCAUAGACGGAUUUUCUUUACAGCAAUUCAAAGAAAGUACAUUUCUAAAUGUACUGCUAAUGGUUGGAGUCCCUCUCCUCUCUGUGAAGAAAUUCGGUGUUCCCCUCCAGAAGUGAGGAAUGGCUACAUUCGACCUACACAAUCUCAAUACAUGCACAACGAUGAAAUUGAGAUAACCUGUUUUAGAUGGCCUUUCUUUAAAGGAGACCGAAAAAGCCGUUCUAACUGUACUGCUAAUGGUUGGGAUCCCCCUCCUUCCUGUUAAGGUCUAUGGAAAUGAAUGAGGCAACCCUUUUCAACCAGUAUUUGGAUGUCAAUAAUCAUGGAUCAUUCUCUUUAAUACCUGUACAUGAAACUUGUGUUUGUUCUGGAAAAUAUAUGUACUCUGCAGUUGUUCACAAUGAAUCUUGAAAAUAAAAGCCUACUU